GCUCCAUCCGUGCCAGCGCCAUGGGUGCGGCGGGCGCGAAGGAUUCGGAUUCGGUGCCGCGCCGCGCACAGCUGCUGCAGCGGGCGCAAGAUCUCUGCGAGGCGUUUGCGCAACGGAAGAGCUUGGAGGAGGUGCUGAGCCACUUCUCCGAGGAUGUCCUUCUCUUCGAGCACGGCCUCCCUGACUUGGCUCCCUUCCUGGGACGUGAGUUUCGAGGCUUGCAAGGAGCGCGGGAUUAUUUCGAGCUCAUCGGCGAACUCUUGGACUUUGAGGACAUGAAUUUCUCAGACUACAUGGUGGAUGUUGAUACAGAUCAGGCAUCUGUGCGCGGACAGGCCAAAUUCAUUUGGCGAUCAACCGGAAAGUCCUGGCAGGAAGUCUUUGUCUACCGCCUGCGUUUUGACUGUGAGGGAAAGAUCUCCGCCUACGAAGUCUGGGCGGAUUCCGGUGCGGCCUAUGUUAGCAGCAUGGCUCGGAAGAGGGUGGUCCUUGUCAGCUACGAGUUCACCUACAGCCCCUUCAGUGGCAACGGCAUCUUGGCACGUUCCAUCGUCAAGGCCCUGCUUCGCCUGGGCUGUCGCGUGACGGUGUGGUGCUGCAAACCCGAAGUGACCAGCCAGGACCACCACCUGGCGGUGCCGGAGAUUCCCUUGGAGGAUCAGCAACGACUGCAGCUGAUCCCCGUGCAGCUCAGCGCGCAGCAGGGCUGGAGGCAGCUGGACGAACAGUCGGCCUGGCAGAAGUUCAGCCUGCAGAACUUGGAGCAGCGGCAGCAACUGCUGCAGGAGGUGUCUUCAGCUGAUGUCUUGUGUGCAAUUGAUUGGACCGGAGCAAAGGCUCUGAAAUCAUUACCCGAAUGUCUGAGAGACAAGCGCUUUGUCUACAUGAACUUCAGAGUCUACAGUUCGGGCGUGGCGCAGGCGGAUCGGCGUCUUUGGUUCGACACCGCGGAGCGCGAGGGCUUCGAGGGCGCUGCUGCCGUGGUGGCGCUGUCGCAGCCAGACCGGGAGAAGUUGAGGGAACUGGGCGCAGAGGAGGUGGAGGUGCUGCUGCCCCCCUUGCGCGGCGACCUGCAGCGCCUGGCGCUGGGCUCUGCGGCUGAUGCGGCGCUGCCGGAGGAGGUGCCACGUCGCGAUGGGCGGUGGCUGCUAACGUGUGUGGUGCGGCUGUCGCAGGAGAAGCAGGCGUUGCGCUUCGUUCGCUUGAUUCAAAGACUUCAAAGCUCCGGCGUUCUGAAGGAGUUGGGCUUAGUACCUCUCCUGGCAGGUGCCACUGGAGAUGAGGCCUACGCAGCGCAGGUGAAGCGUGAGCUCUUAGAGGUCAACAACGAGGCCAUUGUGAUCUCCAGCUUUUUGACGCCCAAGGCACUUUGCGCGAUCUUCGCACACACAGCGCUGAACGUCCACCCCUGCGCCUACGACGCCUACGGCAUGACCGUUGUGGAAGCCGCCGCCUGCGGCGCGCCGUCGCUGCUCGCCACGGGCGCCGGGGCCCAUGCGCUGCUACAGGAGGCUACGGUAACGGUGGAGAUGCCACAGGAGGAGCAGCAGGUGCCUGAGGAGAUGGUGAAGAGCUUGGAGGCGGCGCUCAGAGAUGAUGUCAGGUUGGAGCAGCUGGGUCGUGAGGCCCAAAGGAAGGCCUUGGAGUGGGACGAGUUGGCCUAUGGCCGCCGUUUGUUGGGCAUCUUGUGCCCAUAGGAUUUCGUGAUUUUCGUGGCCAUGGCAGCCAUGGUGCAGGUGCGGUUGCCUGAAUUUUAUGAGGUACAUAGGCAUGUAAGACGAAAUUUCAGAAAAUGCUGGAUCCUGAAAUCCACCAUUCGGUGGUCUGUGAGAAUUCAUAGUUGCGCAGGUGGUUUUCAUCCUCGCCAUUGGUUUCUAGAGAUCCACAUCCACAAGGGCGGAUGCCGGGGUGGUGUGUCCCCCCCGAUCAACUCCUAAAACAAGGGGUGAGCUCGACAGGCGACACUGCGCACAGUCCAAAA